UGGCUUCACAAUAUACAUAGCAACCAUGAGUUCAAGCCAACGCGAGCUUCCAGAACCGCCAGCGGAUGCCAUAUCAUGUCUGGAUUUCUCCCCGCAUACUCCGAACAGGCUACUUGUCUCGUCCUGGGACAAGGGUGCAUAUCUCUAUGAUGUGGCUGCUGGCAGUAGAGUAUCAUCGGUCUCAUUCGACGCGGCACUAUUGGGCAUAUGCUUCGGAGAAAAUGACGAAGAGGCAUUCGCAGGCGGGCUGGACUGUGACGUGCACAGAAUCGAUUUCGCAAAUGGCUCAAAAACUACUCUUUCCUCUCACUCAAAGCCAGUCAGAUCAGUAGUUUAUGACCGUGAACAUAAGCUACUCAUAUCUGCUUCAUGGGAUGCCACACUCCAUAUCCAUAACCUCUCUUCCUCACGUACAGAACAAAGCUAUGCUACCGUCACAAUCCCAUCAAAGCCAUUUGCAAUGUCUUUGUCUUCCUCCAAGUUAGUUGUGGCGAUGUCAAACAGGACAUUCUUCAUUUAUGAGCUCAGCGUUCUGGCCGACCUACCCUUAGGACCUUCGGAUAUACAGCCAUGGCAGGCGCGAGAGAGCAGCAUGAAAUUCAUGACUCGUGCCGUGGCAUGCAUGCCAGAUGACAGCGGUUACGCCUCCUCUUCCAUAGAAGGCCGUGUAGCGGUCGAAUGGUUUGAUCCAAGUGAGGAGUCCCAGAAGCGCAAAUACGCUUUCAAAUGCCAUCGUGUCGCCGAACCGGACGGUACGGACACCGUUUACCCAGUCAAUGCAUUAGCGUUCCAUCCUGAGCGUAAUGUAUUCGCCUCGGGUGGCGGAGAUGGGCUUGUCAGUCUGUGGGAUGCAAUAGCGAAACGCAGGAUAAAGCAGUACCAAAAAUUUGGCAGCUCCGUGGCAGCGUUGGCAUUUUCGAAUGAUGGCAGAUAUCUUGCGAUCGCGACAAGUCCAGGCUUUGAGGACGGAAAGGAGCCCGAAGAAAUGGAGGGGUUAGUCAAGGUCAUUGUGCGGGAGCUAGCUCCGGAUGAAGCAAAGAUGAAAGUGAAGAAAUAAUUAAACAUGCGGAUGUAUAAGUGUUUGCCGUAGAUUUGGCGAACAUAUUUCUAAAAGGAAGGAUCUGGAGUACAUAAAUACCCGAAAUGGUUCUAGGAGUUAACUUAUGCGCUGAACACCAUGAUGCGUACCAGCGUACUCCUUCAUUACCUCAAGUCUAUUCUCGUUGAA